AUGCUCCCCUUACUCAUCGCUUCAUCCUUGUUCUCCUCGGCCACCGCCCAGGUCAUCGCCACUGGGCCAAACGGACCAACCAACCCUGACCAACCCUUCUUCGCCCCAGUUGGCUCCACAGUCAACAAGAACUCGGAUGCCCGUCUCAUUACGGUCAACGCCGUCGACGACUUUUGCCUCUUCGCUCCCAUGAGCCCAAACUCAAACAUUGGUGACACGGAGCACAACGUCGUCGCUUGGUGCACCAAGCCCCGUAACAACGCUCGUCUGAUCCCGGAUGGCACCAUCAGGUCGGUCCAGUUCCUCCGCACCCCCGCCUAUGUCCAGGUCUCGGGGUGGUGGGACGGCACAAAGGUCAACAUUCGCAACGGCGACCAGGGCGGUGAGCUCGACCCCCACGGCGCGACUGCCGAGGGCAACCCCGUUGGCGGCAAUGUUACCACCAACGUCGCCACUGGGAAGAACGUGUUCUACGAGGAGUGGAUGUCGUUCGUAUCGUACGACCAGUUCUGUGUGCGCAUCUGCACAGCCGAGGUCAACGGUGUGUCGGCAGGCCAGCAGUGCAACCACAUCUACGACCUGCAAGGCUGCCAGUUCGUCAUGGCCAUUGCCGACUACUGGAACAUGCAGGGCUUCGAAUCGUGUGACAGUGACAUUGCUGCCCCUCCUGGUGUUUAUGGUACUUCCACCUGGUACCAGGGAAUGGUGCCCACUCCUGCCGCUCCCGCCUUCCUCCCCGCUCGCUCCAACUGCGUCCGUUACAACACCAUCUCGAACGGCAUCAACCCCAACGACCCCAAGGUCACUGCUCCCCCCACACUCGUUGGCGGCGGUCCACAGCCCACACCGACGACCACACCCACGAGCAAGCCCACGUCGUCGUCCACGACCUCGAACCCUCCCACGGCCACUGGCGGUACCCAGCUCCACCCUAAGGGUAACAGUGGCUGGUGCCUCGAGGUCCGUGGUGGCGUCAAUGCCAACGGCACCCCGGUCCAGGUCGCGCAGUGCAACGGUUCGGCCGGUCAGAAGUUUGAGUUUGUUCGCAAUGCUGCAGGCCAGGUCAAGGUGCCUGGCACCAACUUUUGCCUCGACGCCGGAACUAACCCUGGCAACGGCGCCAAGCUCAAGAUCUGGACUUGCUACAGCGGCCUUUACCAGCAGACCUGGUGGUACACUGGCGACAAUCACCUCGCGAUUGCCAAUGGCCCUGGUCUCUGCAUGGACGUCACGGGCGGCAGCCUCUCGAGCGGCAACCAGGUGCAGGUCUGGUCGUGCAGUGGCACCAACCAGAACCAGGUCUGGACCUCGAACGUCGCCGGCGGCAUGCGCCGCCGCGGUGCCAACUUUGCCUGA